AUGGAUUCUAGUACAUCUGCACCACGUAAAGUGGCAUUAGUGACUGGUGCCUCUUCCGGUAUUGGGUUUGCUGUCACCAAAGAAUUAGCUUUGAAGGGUUACAAAGUCUACGCAUGUGCGCGCCGUACUGAGCCUAUGAUACCUUUAGAAAAGGAGUUUGGUCAUGAUAUAGUCGUCAGAGUUAAUUUGGAUAUCACAAACAUCAAAGAAGUGAUGAAAUUUAAAGAACGUUUGAAUGACGAAUUGGUUGAUAAGAAGUUGGAUGUUUUGUACAAUAAUGCAGGUCAAAGUUGUACAUUACCAGCCUUGGAUGUCACUAUGGAACAAGUGGAACAAUGUUUCAGGGUCAACUUCUUUGGUCAUGUUAAUUUGUGCAGGGAACUAAGUGAAUUUGUCAUCAAUGCUAAGGGGACCAUUUUGUUCACUGGUUCGGUCUCUGGUAUCUUUAUUUUCCCCUUCGGGUCUAUCUAUGCUGCCAGUAAAGCUGCCAUCCACCAAUACGCACGUGUGCUUCAUUUAGAAUUGAAACCAUUUGGUGUACGUGUGAUUAAUGUGGUCACUGGUGGUGUCGAUACCAACAUUGCCGACACAAGACAACUACCGGCAGACUCUAUAUACAACUUCCCAGAGGGCCAAGCGGCUUUGGAAAACCGUCAAUUAAUGGCUAAGAACAAUAGACCAAUGAGCGCUGAAGAAUAUGCUCGUCAAGUGGUACAAGAUAUUGCCAGUGCCAAGGACCCUGUCGAUGUUUACCGUGGUAAGAUGGCCACUGUCCUAUACUUUGUCAGUGUACUCGUUCCAUACUGGCUGAUCGAAAUGUUUGUCGUGCACAAGUUCAAACUAGGAGCAGUCUUUGCCCGAGCCGCCGACGCCAAGAAGACUUUAUAA